AUGGCAAUAGAAAACAAUCGCUCUAACAUUAGUAAUAAUAAUAAUUUUAUUUAUAGCAGUAAAAUUAUCAGUUGUAUCAAUCAAUUACAACAAUGUUUUAUAUCAAAUAAUAAUAUUGAUGUUGAAAAUAUAAAAAUAGAUGUAAUUGACACUACGGAAAAUAUAAAAAUGGAUAUAAAAAUGGAUAUUGAUUCUAAAAAGAGAAAAAUGGAUAUUGACACUACUGAAAAGCUAGAAAUGAAUAUUGAUUCUAAAAGGAUGAAAAUUGAUUUUGAUUCUAAAAAGAUAAAAAUGAAUAUUUAUAGCG